AUGGCCAAGCUGCGACUGAUGUUGUUACUCUUUAACCUUAUCGUCCUCUCGAACUUGUUGGCCCGGACAGCAUCAGCUUCAUCAACAACAGCUUCUGAUGCCGCAGCAUCUCGGAUAUCGCCAUCUGCCGACAUCGACCUCAUCUGCCACACAGACAAUCCGGAUGAAUGUUAUCCAAAAGUGUUCCAGCCAACAGAUGAGUUCCAAGUUGUCCAUGAUGAUCAGGAGUUGCCAGCAGGCCUUCACGUGCGUCUGAAUAUUAAUACGGGAAAGAAGGAAGCAAAACUUUACAACCCUAAUGACACGCACCCCGAGAUGGAGGGCCUGCCAGUGGACUCUGCCGUAGUGGUUGUCGAGCCCAGCCAGGCUCAAGAGCUGGGACAAACAAAGUCCCUAAAGAUCCCCGCCAAUGCUCCCGCAUACGACCCAGCGGGAAAAAUCAAGAUUCCACCGUCAGCCAAUGGCGAGGAGGGAAGUGCAUUUUAUCGGUCCCUUACCAUCCUCAAGAAAGGUCUCGACGUGGAUGAGGCUCUGGAGAUGCUGGAGGACAUCUCACACGACAUCUACUACGGACUUAAAAUCGCUGAAGACUACGAUACUGUCCACGAGUUGUUCUGCUUAGCUACCGCACCGUCGCCGUCCAUCCCGGCCAAUCGUGCGCGCUUGGCAGCCUUGACACUGGCCUCAACUCUGCAGAACAACCCCAAGGCUCUGGCCUCCCUUGAAGAGCACUGGCCGCGCGUCAUAUCUAGCUCCGACUGCCGUUUCCUUGAUGGAACGCGCACACUCGGCGAUGUGAUCUUCGACUUCUCCCCCUCGCCCGGAUCCUCUGGAGCAAUCGCAUCCAACUCUCCGGCUGUGCUGAGAGCGCGCCUAAGCCUGCUGAGUGGUCUUCUCCGCAGUUCUGUGCUGCGCAAUCACUUCCUGCACCAUCUAGGUGAAGAUAGCGGUCCAUCGCGCGUCUUGCGACUCCUCACUGCCGAUAUCGACGAGACAGAUGAGGCCGAUUGGGCUCCUGUUCGCCGAACCGCGGCCUAUCUCCUGCUAGACAAUUUUCUCGAUGCAGAGAUGGGCGCUGCCGUAGGGGAAUGGCCUACUCGAGUGCAAGCAACAGAUACAGAAUGCGCAGAGCGGGAAAAAAAGAAAACGACAAGCCGAGAUCAAAACAACGAUGAAGACGAUGAAGCGUGUUGGGACUGGCGGAUUGGGAAGUUCGCAGAAAGAUAUAAAAGGGAUAAGGGGCACUGGAGUCAUGAACUCAAGAAGAAAAUGGUGGCUCAGCGAUGGGAAAAUCUAGCCAAGGAUCGACCAGAUGUAAAGGGUAACGAUGGAGAAAAGGAAGAUUUGUGA